AUGAAAGACCCCUUUAAUCCCAACUUGUUAGCAGUGCCCAAGCAUCCAUACGCGGCCAUGGAGAACUGGGGGCUGAGCGUCUUCGUGGAGCAGAAGAUACUGCUGGAUGCCGAGGUGUCCUCGUCCUCCUAUCAGAUGGAGCUCACCAUGGUCGUCGUCCAUGAGAUCUGUCACCAGCCAGAGAACAUUGAUUUCCAUUUCCCACCCAUGUUCACCAGGUGGACUUUUAAACUGGAAAAAGAAGAACAUCGACUCACUCUGAGGCCUGGAAAAGCCCUCCUCCUUCUUCCCUGCGUCCCCACGCCCCAGCAGACCCCCACACUGCUCCUCUGGCCGUUGGAAGGUCCUUCCAUCCUCCCGCUCCCCUCCGUCCCCCUGGAGCCCGGAAUUUUAUUUGGCCGACCGUCGUCUGUCUUUGGUGCACCGUGGUUCGGGGAUCUGGUGACUCCCGUCUGGUGGGAGGACGUCUGGUUGAAAGAAGGUUUCGCUCAUUUCUUCGAGUACGUCGGGACUGACUUCCUUUUCCCGAAGUGGAAUAUGGAGAAGCAGCGCUUCCUGACGGACGUCCUGCACGAGGUGAUGCUGCUGGACGGCCUGAGCUCCUCCCAUCCCAUCUCCCAGGAGGUGGAAAAGGCCACCGACAUCGACAGAGUCUUCGACUGGAUUGCCUACAAAAAGGGCGCGGCGCUGAUCCGGAUGCUGGCUAACGUGAUGGGACAGCCGCUGUUCCAGAAAGGACUCAACGAUUAUCUGCUGAGUCACAUGUACAGCAAUGCAGCCAGAGACGAUCUGUGGAGCAAGCUGUCCCAGGCCAUGCGUUCAGAGGGAAGAGACAUUGACAUCGGAGGGAUGAUGGACAGGUGGACUCUGCAGAUGGGAUACCCUGUUGUUACCAUCAGCAAGAACCAAUCCGAGCAGCUCCCGACUCAUUACAUCACCGUCAGCCAGGAGCACUUCCUGUAUGGACAGGAUCUCCGGAAAAACAUCAGUUUACAGUGGCAGGUCCCAUUGACCGUCGCCGUGGGCAACGCCUCCGCCGUUUGCCUGGAGAGUCUCAUCUGGAUCAACAACAAGACGGAGACUCACAGGAUUGGUCAGAUGAAUGACAACACCUGGUUGCUUGGCAACAUCAACCAAACGGGCUACUUCCGUGUGAACUACGACCUCCAGAAUUGGAAACUGCUCAUUCACCAGCUGCACACCAACCCCCAAGUCAUCUCUGUUGGAAACAGGGCCGGACUUAUCGACGAUGCCUUCAACCUGGCCAGGGCGGGAUACCUCCCACAAGGUGUUCCCCUGCAGCUUAUAGGAUACUUACCGGAGGAGCCAUCCUUCCUCCCGUGGCACGCUGCCAGCCGAGCGCUCUACCAGCUGGACAAACUGCUGGACCGCACAGACGAAUACAGGCUGUUCAGUGACUACGUGCUGAAGCAGGUCGCAUCCAGGUACCACCAGAUGGGCUGGCCAACCAACGGCCCCGGAGCCGAGGCCAGCAUCCUGCAGGCCUCCUACCAGACCCAAGAGCUGCAGAGGGAGCUGAUCAUGUUAGCUUGCAGCUUUGGGAACAAACAGUGCCACCGGCAGGCUGUCGCCUACAUCUCCGACUGGAUCUCCAGCAACAAGAACCGGAUUCCCCCCAACAUCCGCGACAUAGUUUACUGCACGGGGGUCAGUCUGAUGGACGAGGACGUGUGGGAGUUCAUCUGGAUGAAGUUCCACUCCACCAACGCCGUUUCAGAGAAGAAGAUCCUGCUGGAGGCCCUCACCUGCUCAGACAACACGUUCCUCCUCAACAGGCUGCUGAACCUAUCCCUGACCUCGGACCUGGUUCCUGAGCAGGACGUGAUCGACGUCAUCAUCCACGUGGGCAGAAACCCUCAGGGUCGAAACCUGGCCUGGAAGUACUUCAGAGAAAAGUGGGACGUCCUGAACGCACGAUACGGCGAGGCUUUGUUCAUGAACUCCAAACUCAUCGGUGGAGUCACAGAGUUCCUCAACACCGAGAAAGAACUCAAUGAGUUGAAGGAGUUUAUCCAGACCAGCGGUGUGGGGGCGGGGCCGGCGUUGCCGCGGGCGCUGGAGAUCGUUGAGGGCAACGUGCGCUGGCACCGCCUCCACCGCCGGCAGUUCUACCAGUGGCUGCGCAAGCCCCCAAACCCCAGCCUCGGCUAA